AUGAAAGAAGAAACUCCCAGAGAGACGCCUGAUGAGUCGCGCGGUGACGACAACCCCGAGUCGGCCUCGAAAUCGGUGAACAACCAGACGGCCAAGGAUCGCAAAUGCCAGUACUGUAACCAGGCAUUUACAUCAUCGUCUCUCGGUCGCCAUCUUGAUCAGUUUCUCUUCAAGAAGAAGCCCGACGGCGUUCACGAUGUCGAAGAGAUUCGGCGUAUCCGCAGUGGGAUCACCCGUCGACAGGCUCGCACGAGCUCGGGCAAGCACGACGGUAGCCCUGAUCGGGCCUUAAGCAAGAGCUCUACAGACCCCUAUCCAGCGGGAGAAUCGAGCACGAAAUCUCGGGAAGCACCCGUGCGCAUGAUGUUCAACACGCCUACCUGGCACGCAACCGGCGUCAUAAACGACAUUCCCAAUCCGAGUCGUACUUUGGACGGACCACGGACUGUGCCAGCGCCGGCGCGGUCAGGAUCGCUGCAGCUGCCGGACUACGCGAGUCGGGGCGCAACGGCAAACAACCCGGAUACCAUGAAGGCGCUGGAGUUGGCAUUGCGCGAGGUGCUGGACAAUAUCAAGGCUGCGACUAUUACUUCAGGCUUUCGACCUCGGCCAUCUCCGUUCGACUUCGAUCUCCAGGCUCAGACAUUCCCCUCUCUGUGUCUACACCUCCUUCCCCCGCCUCCAAGUCUAUUUGCGUCCCACCCAUUCCCUUCUCCUGCAUCAUUUCCGCUUCAAGCUCCCGGUGCGGAGCACCUCGAUAUCGUUCGGCAAGCCCUUCGUUCCAAGAUCGCACAGUGGCAGUCUGAUCAGAUUGCGGCGGACCCCACAUCCCGCUCGAGAUAUUCAAGUGGCGGCCUCGAAAAUGGAAUGAUAUACCGUACAGCACAACAGCAUGAGGAAGUCAGCUUUCGGCACCUGGACCUUGCCUUCAAUCAUUGGAGCACACUUCCUCAUGAGUCUCGCCGCGAAGCAUGGCAACUGGAGAUUACACGUGCUUUCGCACGCGAAAUUGAGAAACGCAAGACUUUGGAUGAGCAGCUUGCCAGAGUGCAGCAGGAAGCGAACCAAUUGCGUGCCCAAGUUGAGCGCCUCGGGGCUUGUCAAUGGCCUCGUGAAUUUGCUCUAUUCCCACCAGACACGCUCCCUUUGUCAAGAGACAUAACACGAGAACUGGACGCAAAAGAGAGCCAUAUUAGCCCCGACUCGGCACGGUGGGACUACGACAACGUGGUCGCCAAGUGGAAGCGUGUUGUCAUGCACGACAAGAGCAUGGGCCGCAUUGGAGUGGGCUAUGGCGUGAAUGCCGGCGGUUUCAUGGAAUCAGAUAAUGGUCGGCGCCAAAGUCCCGACGUUGCCCCUCCGCGUCCAGGCGAGGAUACCUCGUCUCAUCCAAAUCGUUUGCGUCCAUUACAGGCUCCGGUCGCCAUGAGUCCUGAUCCCGCAAAUACGUCAACGCCAGCCUCGUCCAUGAACUACGCCUCUCCUUACUCCCAUACCGAUCCCCGCAGUCCGCCGAGUGGCAGUGGCCCGGGCCUACAGAAUAAACGUCCGAGACUGAUGAAUGGAUCUGACGGCCCGAGUGCACCAUCCUCCGAGCCACCCACCAACAAGCCUCCUGGUCCCUGGCACACCUCCACUCCGAACCUCUCCAACCUGGCUGCGCCUUCCAGUCAGACGCCUCCGUCUUCUUCUCGGGACUGA